AUGGCGCUGACGGGGUCGUCUUCGCCCCAUUUCUACCUGGCACGCUCGCGAAGCACCUCCCUGCCUCCCCUCUCCUCGUCCUCUUCCUCUUCAUCCUCCAAGUCUUCCAGCGUGUCCCCCUUCGCCGCCUUUUGCUCCGCCCUGACCUGGCCCAACCACGUCCUGCCCUCCCUGGCCCUGGCCUUCGACGAACCCUCCUUCUUCGCCGACCUCCGAGUCGACAUCAACCCCAUCAUCACCCCCACUUCCUCUACUCCAUCUUCUCCAUCUCCAUCAUCUUCUCCAUCAUCUUCAUCUUCAUCUUCUUCUACACAGCAAGGAGAAGGUGAGGAAUGCCAACAUUCCACAAAUACCGAAGAGAGCAGCCCGCGACUAGGGCAGGACUGCGUGUGGGUCCACCGUAUGGUGGUGGCGGUGCACAGCCCCGUCUUCCGAUCCCUGCUGCGCUCGGGCUCAGAGGCCGGUGGGUCGCGCGAGAGCCGCGAGGGCGUCAUCGACAUGUGCGGCCCGCAGCAUCCGCCCGGCCGCGUGGUCCGUUGCCUGCUCAAGAUGAUGUACGCCUCGCCCGGUCUCGCCAUCGACGAACUCGGCCACGAGCCCAAACUCUCUGACGAGUGGGAAUUCCUGCUGCAGCUGUUCAAGCUGGCCCAUCUGUACCAGGUGGAGGUGGUGCUCGACGCCUGCACCCGGCGACUCAAGCACAUCCUCGAGCAGCUCAAGGACACCACCGCCACCACACCCGCAGCGCGCCAGGCCACCGUCCAACACCACCGCCGCGGCUCCAAGGCCGCCGCAGCUGCAGCCGCAAACGCCGCGGCCGUCGCGGAUGUCGACCUCAACGGCGGCGGCGGCGAACUGAGCGACGAGGAGGAGGAGCGGACCCGCCAGACGUGCUACGCGCUCGAGCUGCUGGCCUUCCUGCUCCACAUCAAGGAGGCCGAGACCAGCGACCACCCCACAGCGAGCCGCCCAGCCCCAUCAACACCACGACCGGCCGCCGCAGCCAGUCGGCACCCGACUUCAGGCGAUGACGUCAGCACAGCACCGGGCAAGAAGGUGGUCGAGGUGGGCGUCGAGGCUGAGGAGGCCGCGGCGGCCGUGGCCCCGGUGGGCGAGCAGCGGGAGGAGAUGCUGGUGCGGAUGCUGGACCACCACCUCUACCCGCAGCUGGCCAUGAUCGUGCAGCACAUCCGGUGCGAGGACGUGCUCACCCUGCAGCACCUCCUGCAGCUCUCGGUGUGCACCGCGCGGCCGUCGUCGCCCACCACGGCCGCCGCCGCCACGGCCUCGCUCACGCCCCCGUGGCCGGGCGGCAUGCGGGCCACCAGCCAUGCCAAGCUCUACAGCGCCUGA